GGAGGGGCGCGAUAGACGUCCGGCCGGGCCGCGCGGCCGCUGCACUGCUCCUCUUGGCGGCCGCGGCGCGGAAGGAUGCUGGCCCGCAGGAGCGCGCGCGAGGGGCGCGGGGUGCCGUGGGGCUGCGCCGCGCUCUGCCUCCUGAGCCUGCUGCCCUCUGGCUUCACCAAUGGUAACCUGACUACUGGUACCACUGAGAAGUCCACCUUGAAAGUGUCAUUGUCACCUGUUCCCACCAGUGUACCCCUCCAGAAAAGCACAACACAAGUGACAACUGGAAGUACCACCCCCCAGCGUGACUCUGUGGACAGCAUAGGGACCACAGCCACCAUCUCAGGGACUACAGCCAACUUCACUUCUACCUCUGGAACCAUUCUGGUUCCUGAACCCACAAACUCUUCCAUCCCAUCAUGGACCUCUUUGAACACCACGGUAUUCACCACCACGGAGCUCACCAGCCCAGAGAACACUUCUGUUGCCAACAUGACCUCGAGGCCCAGCACGCCACCUGUCAAUGUUUCAGGGGACUCAUCCACCACCAGCCCUGUGAUGACAUCACCCCCCCACCUCUUCACAUCAUCUUUUCCUGCCCCAAGUCCCGUUAAGGGAGAAAUCAAAUGUGCAGGAGUUAAAGAAGUGAAAUUAACUCACAGUAUCUGCCUGGAGCUAAACAAGACUUCCAGCUGUGAGGACUUUAAGAAAAACACAGGAGAGGACUUGAUCCAGAUCCUGUGUGGGAAGGAGGAGGCUGAGCCCACUGCUGGGACUGCCACGUGCUCCCUGCUUCUCGCCCAGUCUGAGGUUCAACCACAGUGCCUGCUGUUGGUCUUCGCCAACAGCACAGAACUUUCCGGGAAAAUCAGUCUUUUGAAGAAGCACAAGUCUGACCUGGAAAAGCUGGGGAUCCACAGUUUCAGGGAACAAGAUAUUGGGAGCCACCAGAGCUACUCCCGAAAGACUCUGAUUGCAGUGGUCACCUCGGGAAUCCUGCUGGCCAUCUUGGGCACCACUGGCUAUUUCCUGAUGAACCGCCGCAGCUGGAGCCCCGCAGGAGAAAGACUGGAGCUGGAACCCUGACGGCCCGCUCUCCAGGAAGGAAGGAGUCUGCAAAGACAGCUGCAUCCCUUCCCCCUCUUCUGGUCCCUCCCCACUCACAGUGCCUCACACCCUUGCUUAACAGAUAAUGCUCCUUUAUUUAUACACUGUCUAGGGUGAAGACCCUUAUUGCACGGAGAACAGUGGAGGCCAGGGAUAUAGCUCAGGCCCUGGGGCCUCCUCUGAGGCUCAGGGAAAGGCCAGUGUGAACCGAGGGGCUCAGGAGAACGGGACCGGCCAAGCCACCUCCAGAAACGGCCAUUCAGCAAGACAACAUGUGGCUGAUACCGAAUUGUGACUUGGCUGGGUGGGGCAAGACAGGGGGUGUCCAAGGAAGCAGCCCCUCCCUGCCUCUGACUGUGAGCUGCCUCCAUGAUGGAGGUAGUAUCCCUCAUGUCCUACCUUCUCCCCUUGUGCACACCCCAGAUGCCCCUGGGGCUUGCCACCUCACAGGGAGGCAAGUAGACCCCAGCCCUCUGUGCCUUCCGCUCUCGGUACCCAGACUCUGGGCUUCUUUAGGCUCAGGUGUGGGGGAAAGCCGGGAUCCAGAGGAGCUGUGAGUGAAGCUGUGAGCCCAGCUGUUGCUGUGUGGGACUCGCCAGCCAGCUUCUUCCCUCUCGGUGCCACAAGAGCCUGAGGGGAAGGGUGGUCCUUCCUGUGCUAUGCGAUUCUCCCAGGAGGCUUUUGCUUUAUUGUUCCUUGUUCUAUUUUCUUUCUCUGCUUUGCAGAAACCAAAGUAAUGCCUUGAGCUUGUUCCCCUUAAUAAUGUAGCCAGAAAAUUUCCCAUGUAUCUCCUCCAAGACAUUUUAAAUCUUGUCACCAGCUCCCCACGUGCUGUCCAGAUUCCACUGAGCUCCACACGUGCUCCGACCAAUGCCUACAGAGGCCGGAGCAGCAUUCUGUCUGUAGCCUGGAGUUGCUCUCCACAUGUUAGAACAAACCACUCAGUCCUGGACUCCGGGCCACACAGAUUGUCCUCAGGUCCCCGUGGUCAGGGUCAUAGGACAGGAUCUUUGAGCAGAGCCUCCUGCCCGGUGCUCUUCCGAAGUGCCCUUUUGCACUAUGCUGGGUCUAGCCCACUCCUCUGACCCCCAUGGCCCACCCCUUUUUCCCUUUCUCCUAGUAGAGUGGAGGCUUCAGAGUCUCCUGGUAGACCCUUCUGUCUCUGCCUUCCCAACUAUAAAUGCCUACAUUGUGCUGCACCCUGUGUGGUCACAACCCCAGCACAUCUCCCAGGGACCACACACUGCCUCCUCUGGGGAUGAUCCAGGUCUUGUCAUUUUUCCAGAGGGGUGAGCAGAGGUCCUGCUUUCAGUGACGGUUGGAAAUAGAAAUUUCCAGAGAUGAGAAGAUUGUGGGUAUUUUUCCUAAAUAAAAAAUGGAUGUGUGUAAAUAUUGUAAUUAAAGUGAUACUGAAUAAAGUGAUACUGAAACCUA